AUGGCUGCCGGCAGCCGCUCUGAAAGCUCCGACUCCGAUUCCUCCUCUACCCUCCGCGACUCCGGCAACAGUCCUGCGAACGGCGACCCUAUAGCUCACCAUCCGAAAGUCGUUUCCUUCCGCCGAGACUCCAGCAACCAUCCUAGACCUAGCAGAUCCCUCGAUAUACUUAGAGCACCCAUGAAUGAGCAAUCGCCCCUGCUACAUCCGCGGAGACCGAGCGAUGAUUCGUACCUAAAAGAUGUUUCACCGCUGGACGACGAUGACUGGGAAGCCGAGGGCCAUGAAGACACAAAGAGCAGCUGGUAUCUGCUGCUGUUGACACUGGGUGGAUUAGGUCUGCAAAUAGCGUGGUCUGUAGAGACGUCCCACGGCUCGCCAUACCUAUUGUCCCUAGGUCUCAGCAAGUCUUUGUUGGCCCUUGUGUGGAUCGCAGGGCCACUAUCCGGCGUAAUCGUCCAGCCAUAUGUGGGGUCCAAGAGCGACAGGUGCCGCUCGCGGUGGGGAAAGCGGAGGCCGUUCAUCAUGGGAGGCGCCAUAGCAACCAUCGUAUCUUUGCUUAUACUAGCGUGGGCCAAGGAGCUCGUCGCCGGAUUUCUCUCACUAUUUGGCGUCGAUCCCGCAGCAAACGGGGCCAAAGUGUCUACCAUCGUCUGCGCAGCAGCCAUGGUGUACAUCCUCGACUUUGCCAUCAACGUCAUCCAAGCCGGCAUUCGAGCCUUUGUCGUAGACUGCGCGCCAACCCACCAGCAAGAGGACGCGAAUGCUUGGAUCAUGCGAACGACCGGCGUCGGCAACAUUCUAGGCUACCUCACCGGCUAUAUCAACCUGCCCAAGAUUAUGCCAUUCUUCGGCGACACCCAGUUCAAGGUGCUGUGCGUUAUUGCCUGCAUUGUCCUCGCCACCACCGUAACCAUCAGCUGCGUUACCGUACAGGAGCGUGAUGCGCGCCUAGAGGGAGAACCCAUCGAGCAGGAAGGCGGAGUUCUGGCUUUCUUCAGGGAAAUGUACUACUCCAUCAAGCGGCUCCCGCCUCAGAUCCGCCGGGUCUGCGAAGUCCAGUUCUUUGCCUGGAUCGGCUGGUUCCCCUUCCUCUUCUACAUAACGACCUACAUCGGCGAAAUCUACGUCGAGCCCUUCUUCGAAGCCAACCCCCACAUGAGCGAAGAAGAGAUAAACCAAAUCUGGGAAAAAGCCACCCGGCAGGGCACGUUCGCCCUCCUCAUCUUCGCCCUAACAACCUUCGCCUCCUCCGUCUUCCUCCCCUUCAUUAUCCCGCCAACCUACCAACCCCCUAAGCCCGCCCCCGCCACGCCCCUGACCCCCACAACGCCCGGCUCCCUCUCCGCAAGCGGCUACUUCACCUACAAGCCGCCCAAAUCCGCCACCCGCACGAAAUGGGAGCGCUGGCUGUCCAUCUUCCAGCACCUGCAGAUUGAGCGCCUAACCCUCCGCCGCGCGUGGCUGCUCUCCCACCUCCUCUUCGCAGCCCUCAUGCUCCUAACCUUCCUCGUGCGCUCCACCACCGCGGCAACGACCCUCGUCGCCCUCAUCGGCGUCCCCUGGGCCCUCACAAACUGGGCCCCCUUCGCGCUCAUCAGCUCCGAGAUCUCCAAACGCGACGCCAUCCGGCGGGGCCUGUUACGCCCGCCUCCGACGCGGGACGGUGCACUGCUGGCCUCGAACGACGACGACGCGGCCGACCAGGCGGGCGUCGUGCUGGGCAUCCACAACGUCGCCAUUGCCGCGCCCCAGGUCAUCGCCACGGUGGGGAGUAGUAUCAUCUUCCGCGUGCUGCAGAAACCGAGGGGGAGCCCGGGGGAUGAGAGUGUGGCCUGGGUGCUUAGGGCGGGAGGGUUGUGUGCGCUUGUUGCGGCGUGGUUGACAAGGAGGGUUGGGGAGGAGAGGGAGGAGGUGGUUGAAGUGGGGCCGCCUGGAAGUAGGCGGGAGAGGAGGAGGGUGUCGUAA